AUGACGGACUCAUUCAACCUCCCUCUGCGCCCUAUCCUAGACCGGAAUGAUCGACCAGACACGCUGCCCGUCGAUAUCGCCCAGAUCAACAACCAGUGGGGUUCAUUUCGCGAUGUGAAUGAAGAGGUCCUCCGAAACAAGAUUGCAGAAGACAAGGACAAGGAUGGGAUCGACGAGGAGCAGAGUGAAGAUGGAACCGAUCUUGACUCUACAGAGCGGCUGGAGCAGCUUUACAAGCGACGCGCCGAUAUCACUCAGUUCGCUAUGCAAGCCCACAUGGAGACUAUGUUCGCGCUCGAUUUCGUCUCUCUGUUACUCUCGAAGCAGGCCCCGCGUCAAGCCGAAACGUCCAUGUCCGCCUAUCUCAAGCAAGUCGCGCCCCUGGGUUCCCUCAACGCCGAGGUCGUGAACCCUCCACCGAAGCCGGAAUCUACGGUGAAAGAUAUUUCGGCAGUAUCGAGGGGCUGGCGGGUCCAGAACUUCAAAGGGGCUGCAAAUAAGCUACUACAGGCCGCCUCCAGGCUCGAAACCGAAGUGACGUCCGAGACCCGCUAUUGGAAUGAGGUGUUGGCCGUCAAAAACAAAGGCUGGAAGGUUUCCCGACUUCCUCGAGAAAAACAAGCGCUCGGUGUGCAGUAUGGAUUCCUCGAGGCCACCCCGGUUUUCCGCGACCGUGGGCUUGCCUCUUUACGCCGCGCCGAGGAUGGCAGCCUGCUGCUAGAUAAGGGGCUUGUUCCCUCAAAAGCACGCUUCGUUCGGGUACGGGUGUUACAAAGUGGCCGGCUCUCAGGUUGCUCGCAACCAACAAAUCCUGUGUUCAGCAGCGAGGAAACGAUUGAAGGCCGCAUUCUACAGGCACGAGACACUGUCUUUGAAGAAGAGCUCUUCCAUGAACUAGUUCGAGAAGCUAAAGCAAUUGCGGGCUUUGGCGUAAUCACGCGUCAGAAUCUGAUCCAAGUCCCUGCAUCAGAAGAUCUCGAGAUCUUGCUGGAUCUGGUGGACGCCGAUCAAAGCUACUUACAGACCGACCACCUUACCUCUAAACAAGGCAAUUCUAUUGCAGAAGGGCUGGCUCAUACGAUUCGCAUCCUGUUGGCAUAUGCCCACCGCCAAAGUUUGCAACGCCGAACACUCCUCCCACUUCCCCUGAUCCCCAAGAAGCGAACAGUCCCCGAACACCAACUCCUUCGCCCGGCUCUAGCCUACGUCCAACAUAUGUCUCACACGCAAUGGUUGAAGUCAUUAUUGAACGAUCUUUUCGGCGUGCUACAAUCAGCAGACAUGAGCCCUCCGGCGUAUACGGCAGAUGUCUUUUCAACUGAGCAGGGGAAAGCACCCCAAGUCCCCGCCGUUGAAGCCCUUGUCGAAAACUUCCUCAAGCCAUUCGAGUCUACCUUCAAAGGGGAGUUUUUGACCCCACGUGGCUCCUUUUCAAUCUCAAUAUCCACCAAUCUUUCCUCGCCGCCAUAUGGUACCAGCUUUGAUGUGUCAUUCAAUAUGCCCUCAAAUCCAGACCUGAAGUCCCCCGGCCGUCUUUCGCAGAGGGAAGAAGUGGAGGCUGCCAUCACCCAUCUCUUCUUAAUUGAUGUCGUCUUUGCCAUCGCAUCCGAUGAAACCCCCGGAAGCAAACCCGAGAACCAAGCCUCAGGCUCGUGGGAAGCGAUUUCCCCCCAACGUGGUGAACUCCUUCUGUCUUCUGAUUCACUCAAGCGCAAGAAAAUGAAAAUCAAACUCUCCCGCCAUGAGCUAUCCCUGGAGACUUGCAAUGUGCGUUGUUUCAACGGCACCGGACAGGGCACAAAAGAAGACACCUCUUUGGAAUCCGAGUCCCGUAUUUGGAAGCCCUCCACCCCUUCGUCCUUGAUGGACCAUGUCCGAGACAUCACGGCCCGGAGCCAUUGA